ACCACACGCCUUCUUCCCUUCCGCCUCCAUGGCUCCAUCUUAUUCAAACGCCUCAAUCUGCCAACUUUUCACCAUAAGAAUCAUCGCUUCAGCAACUAUAAUAAGCAGCAGGUGAAGCGGAUGAACCCAUGAGCCCUUUCAUCAGCAUCAUAUCAAGAAAUGGUUAUUAAGCCCCUCAAUUGCCAGUGUCUUCCAAAUCUCAUCCACCUCAAGAAUAUCGAUCUUUUUAGGCAAUUUCCCCAUCUGGGUUCUCGUUAUUUCUCGUCAAAAUUAAAUCUUUCUCCAGCAUUAUCGGAAAGGCAGCCACAUCAUCCAAGCUUGGUGUUCACAAUUUGUGAUAUUUUGUCCAAUAAGUCCUUGCCAUGGCAGAAAAGCUCUCAGCUCAAGGCUUUGAGCCCCAAAAUCAAGCCCCAUCACGUGGCUAAGAUUAUAGAUAAUUACAAAAUAAGCAGUGAGUCUGUGUUGCAAUUCUUUUACUGGGUUUCUAAGAGGCAAUUCUACAAACACGAUGUGAACUGUUAUGUGGCAAUGUUGAAUAGGCUUCUUUUUGAUAAAAGUUUUGCGCCUGCUGAUCAUGUUAGGAUUUUGAUGAUUAAAGCUUGCAGGAAUGAGGAAGAGAUGAAAUGGGUUUUGGGAUUUUUGAAUGAAAUCAGCAAAGAGGGUUUUCCGUAUAGUUUGUAUAGUUUUAAUACUUUGUUGAUUCAGUUAGGUAAGUUUGAUAUGGUUGAGGCAGCUCAAAAUGUGUAUAAUGAAAUUUUGAGUAGUGAAAUUGUACCAAGUCUAUUGACUUUUAAUACUAUGAUUAAUAUUUUUUGUAAGAAGGGAAAAGUUCAGGAGGCAGAGUUGGUUUUGUGUAGGAUUUAUCAGUGUGAAUUUUCCCCUGAUGUAUUCACUUAUACGUCUUUGAUUCUUGGCCACUGUCGGAAUAGGAAGUUGGACAAGGCGUAUGAGGUUUUUGAUAGGAUGUUAAAGGAUGGAAUUGAUCCGAAUUCGGUUACUUAUUCGACCCUAAUUAAUGGGCUCUGCGACGAGGGGAGGGUUGAUGAGGCAUUGGACAUGCUUGACGAAAUGAUUGAGAAAGGUGUUGAACCUACUGUAUACACGUAUACAGUUCCCCUUAAUACAUUAUGUGAUGUUGGACGUGCCAAGGACGCUAUUGGUCUUAUGUCUACCAUGAUGAAAAGGGGUUGUAAGCCGAAUGCACAAAAUUAUACAGCCCUUAUUAGUGGGUUGGCUGUAGUUGGUCAACUUGAGUUGGCAAUAGGAUUCUACCACAGGAUGCUGAAGGAAGGCCUGGUCCCAACCGUGGUCACUUAUAAUGCACUGAUCAGUGGAUUCUGUGAAGCAGGCAAACUGGAAACUGCUUUAAAUAUUUUUCGCUGGUUGGAGGGACAUGGUUAUUCACCAAAUACAGAGACCUUCAAUGCAGCUAUAAAGGGAUUUUGUAUGGUCGGAAAUAUGGAGAGAUCAAUGGUCCUAUUUCAACAGAUGUUGAGGGUCGGUCCACCUCCAAAGAGAGUAACAUACAAUACUUUGAUUAAUGGAUAUCUCCAACAGCAUUCCCUGAACAAUGCUCUGAGGUUGUUUGAUAUUAUGAAAGGGAAUGGAUGUCAGCCAGAUGAAUGGACUUAUGCGAUUCUUGUUUCUGGGUUGUGCAAAGGGCGAAAGUUUGACUUAGCUUCAAGUCUUUUCGAGGAUAUGAUUAGGCAAGAUUUGAGUCCAAACCAAGUUAACUACACCACUUUGAUAGAUGGCCUUUGUAAAGAUGGGAAAGUAGAUGCUGCAUUGGCUUUGUUGAAAAGGAUGCAGGACAGUGGUUGUAAUCCGGCCAUUGAAACUUAUAAUGCAGUUUUAAAUGGCUUGUCUAAGAGGGGUAUGCUCUCUGAAGCAAAAAAACUCCAUGAUAAACUGCUCGAAAGUGGGCUAUUGCCCAAUGUAAUUACCUACUCAACAUUAAUUGAUGGACUCUGCAAAAGACGGAGGACAGACCUUGCUUUAAAGAUAUUUCAUGAAAUGGGAAAAAGAGAUUGCUUGCCAAAUUUGUACACUUACAGUUCGCUCAUCCAUGGCUUAUGCUUGGCAGGUCAGAAUGAUGAGGCUGAAUUAUUGCUUAGGGAAAUGGAGAGAAAAGGAUUGGCACCUGACGUGGUGAUUUAUACGUCAAUAAUUGAUGGGUUUGUAAGGGUGGGUAGGCUAAAUCAUGCAUUUUUGCUUCUUUUCCAGAUGAUUAGUGCAGGCUACCAGCCAAAUUAUGGAACCUACAAUGUGCUGGUCAAAGGUUUACAAAAGGAGUGCCAGUUACUUGAGGAAAAAGUUGCAACCCAACAUCAAACAGUUUGCACACGUAGUUCAGUUGAGAAAGAUUUGAGAAUUGAAAAUUUGUAUAGUCUCUUGGAUAGGAUGUCAGAAUAUGGGUGCGAACCUGGUCUCAGCACAUAUACUACCUUAGUUGUUGGACUAUGUAGAGAAGGCAAAAGUUAUGAGGCAGAACAUUUGGUUAAACAUAUGAAAGGGAAAGGCUUGACUCCUAACAGUGCAAUACUUUGCUCUCUCAUAGGCUCUUAUUGCAGGAACUUGAGAGUUAAUUCUGCUCUAGAUAUAUUUAACUCACUGAUCAUCAGUGGUUUUGAGCCCCCUCUAUCAAUUUACAGAGCACUUAUCUGCACUUUAUGCAAACUAAGCCGGGCUAAAGAGGCUGAGGCUUUAUUUGAAAGCAUGCUUGAGAAACAAUGGAACAAUGAUGAGAUUGUCUGGUCCAUAUUAAUAGAUGGGCUAAUCAAGGAGGGGGAAGCAGACACUUCCAUGAAGUUUCUUCAUGCAAUGGAUGUCAAGAAUUGCACUUUUUCUUACCAGACACGUACAAGUUUAGCAAGAGAGUUGUCCAAAUUAGGCAGGCCGGUGGAUAAAAAGUCAGAGUGCUGAAGAAGUGGGCAUUUUUGGAGAUAAAAAAGUGAGUGAAAUAGAGUAGAUUUGCUGCACGAAGCCAAGUGGAUCAAGGUUGUGGAUUGUGUUUCAACCACUUCCCAGGGGAAAUAUUUGAAUGAUUGACCACCACAGGCUGCGCGUUUUCCUCCAGGAAUAUGAAUGUCAGCUGUGGCUUCUGAAGAAAAAGGUUAAAAGGUAUCAAUGCUUUCCCAUUUUCCUCGGGAAUAUGAUGUGGUCAACCUGAAUUGUCAGAUACUGAUGCUACUGCCAGCCAGGAAUGUGUUUCAGAAAGGCUUGGCAGUCUUCAGGAGUUCAGUUCAAUAACAAAGCUUAUUUUCUCCAAUUGCGCCAGAUUACUUCCACCGCCACCUGUAUGCUUGUGGACCCAGAGCUUUUUCAUUUGCUGUUGAUUUUAUUGCUCCUUCCAGGUAUGAUUGAUAUUGCAAAUUCAGUUGCCAGAAUGCAUUUUAUGACGCAAGAUGAGUCAGAUCACAGCCUAUGGCCCCUCUAGGUGGCUACAUUCCUCCUGCAGUCUAUGGUAUUCCUGUCUGCAUGAGUUGAGUGCUUCAUCCAUGGUCCACGCCUCCUUGGAUACUACGCCUUCCCUUUCAUGUCCUCUACCACCAGAAGCCCAGGGGCCAGAUUUCUGCUCCAUAUGUCACAGACAACGGUAAUGAGGAGCUCUCCAAGAUCUUGUGGAGAUGGGAUUUCGACCUAAUCGAUUCGAGUAGAUUGAUGCAGUAUGCCUCAAGAGAUUUAAGUUGAUGAGUUUUGUGUUUAUCUAAGUUGAGAUCCUUCAUCUACAUCUGUAUCUGCAUCUCGCAUUAUAUGGUUACUGUUAGUAGAAGGGUUCACCAAGCAGCUUCUAGUCUUGAUUCUUUAUUCCUAAUUUGAACUUCCAAUUUCAGUGGAAUGGCUUUUGGAGUUUGUGGAUU